GGAGGAGGUGUAGGCUUCCCUCCACAUCUCUAUGCCCCCCCCCAACACAAAACUCCUCCCUUCCCUCGUUUUCUGCUCUCUCUCUCUCUCUCACUAAAACCCUCGCCUCCCCCUUCUCUCACCUCCUCCGCCGUCGCCGCCGGGAUCUUCAAAUCGAACUCCGCUUUAAAACGAUCCAUGUCCGGCGGCGUACGAUCUUCCCCUGGUUCUUCUCGCCAGCCGCCGCCGCCACCGCAGCAUCCGGCGGCAUCUGUGCCCGUGGUGCCACCAAUACGUCGACACUUAGCGUUCGCCUCAACGAAACCACCGUUCCAUCCCUCGGAUAACUACCACCGAUUCACCCCUUCGCACCACGCUAACAACCUCGUCAAUGGCUGUGGAGGACUCGUAGAUCGGGAGGAGGACGCCGUCGUUCUUAGAUCUCCCUCACGGAAGAGAAAGUCGACUAUGGAUGUGGUUACUACUACUACCACUUCUACUAGUAAUGGAUUCACGAGUUCUGAUGGUUUCACUAGGAGUCCCUGCCGAACUCCGGUUUCAGCAAAAGGAGGCAGAGUCAACAUCAAGUCAAAAGCCAAAGGAAACCAGUCCAUUCCCCAAACACCCAUCUCAAAUAUUGGUUCUCCUGCCACACUAACUCCUUCUGGAAGUUGCCGUUAUGACAGUUCUUUAGGUCUCCUUACGAAAAAGUUCGUCAAUCUUAUCAAACAAGCCAAAGAUGGAAUGCUGGACCUGAACAAAGCUGCAGAGACAUUGGAGGUGCAGAAACGUCGUAUAUAUGAUAUUACAAACGUUUUGGAGGGGAUUGAUCUCAUUGAAAAGCCUUUGAAGAACCGAAUCCUUUGGAAGGGAGUUGAUGCUUUGAGGCCUGGCGAUGUGGAUGCUGAUGUUUCUGACGUACAGGCAGAAAUUGAAAACCUUUCCCUCGAGGAACAAGCGCUAGAUAACCAAAUCAGAGAAACGGAGCAAAGAUUAAGAGAUCUGAGCGAAAAUGAAAAGAAUCAGAAAUGGCUUUUUGUAACUGAAGAGGACAUCAAGAGUUUGCCCGGUUUCCAGAACCAGACACUGAUAGCCGUCAAAGCUCCUCAUGGCACAACUUUGGAAGUCCCUGAUCCAGAUGAGGCGGUUGGCCACCCUCAAAGGAGAUACAGGAUCAUCCUCAGAAGUACAAUGGGUCCUAUUGACGUAUACCUUGUUAGUGAAUUUGAGGAGAAGUUUGAAGACACAAAUGGGCCUGCUGCACCACCACCACCAUGCUUGCCUAUUGCUUCUUGCUCGGGAUCUACAGAAAACCGUAACAUAGAAGCCUUAACUGUUGAUAACACAGGAACUGCCGUUGAGGAUCAGUUGUCUCAAACCCAUGCAAAUGCUCAACCCGGCGAGACCUCUGAUCUUAACUAUUUGGAGGAGCAGGUAGGUGGAAUGCUUAAGAUUACUCCCUCUGAAGUCGAAAAUGAUGAUACGGAUUACUGGCUUCUCUCCAAUGCGGACAUUAGCAUGACAGAUAUUUGGAAAACAGACUGUGGUAUCGAUUGGGACUAUGGAAUAGCUGAUGUGAGUACUCCACCACCGAUAAUCGGUGACAUAUCCCCAACCGCUAUUGACUCAAUCCCGAGAUGAUGCAAGAAGGUCAAACAUGCAUCUCAUCCCAAAUGCUUUUCUUUCUCAACAACUCUUGGCGCCCCAAUCAAAUCUAAGGAGGGACCAAAUACAGAAACGUGUAUGGACCAAUGGCAGGUGCGUACCAUAAAUUAUACGAUUAAAAUUAUGAUCUCAUUUAUCGCUGGAGUGGUGUAACGAGUGACAAUGUAGAGAAGUACUGGUUAAUGUAAGUUCCAGAGAGAUAUAUUGGUACACUAGUUGAUUAUAAAUUUUGACCAUU